CAGAGAAAAAGGUGGUGAACAUUUUGAAAUUCCUAUAAGUUCAUUAUCUCAGAAUGAAUGUUAUACCACCCAAUUUAAAAAUAGAAAACAGAAAGCUGAACAAGACACUAAACAAAGAAUAAAGAGAAUGAAAAACUAACAAACACAGAGAAAGAGAGAAAGAGAGAAAGAAAGAGAAAGAGAUAGAGAUAGAAAAAUGUAUAGGUUCAGCAACACAGUAAUAGGCUUCCUGAACCUCGUCACUCUCUUAGCAUCAAUACCCAUCAUUGGAGGAGGUCUAUGGAUGGCAAAGAGUAGCACAACCUGUGAAAGUUUCCUGCAAACACCACUUUUGAUUAUAGGUUUUAUUGUUCUUAUAAUUUCUUUGGCUGGUUUCAUUGGAGCUUGUUUCCAUGUGGCUUGGGCACUUUGGGUAUACUUGGUGGUCAUGUUGUUCCUAAUUGCAACACUCAUGGGUCUAACCAUUUUCGGGUUCGUGGUUACGGGUCAAGGUGGUGGUGAGGAAGUUCCUGGUAGGGUUUAUAGAGAGUAUCAUCUUGAAGAUUACUCUCCAUGGUUGAGGAAUAGAAUUAAGGAUCCUCAUUAUUGGAGCACCAUAAGGAGUUGUAUAUUAGGGUCUAAGUCUUGUGCUAAACUUGCCUUGUGGACACCUCUUGAUUAUCUUGAGAAGGACAUGUCUCCCAUACAGUCUGGGUGUUGCAAGCCACCCACAGCAUGCAACUACAACAUGGCAACAACAGUUGCUCAAGACCCAGAUUGCUACCGGUGGAACAAUGCACCAAAUCUGCUAUGCUACGAGUGUGAUUCUUGCAAAGCUGGUGUUCUUGAAGAUAUCAGAAGGGAUUGGCGCAAACUCUCUGUUCUUAACAUUGUCAUGGUUAUCCUCCUCAUUGGAAUUUAUUCCAUUGGCUGCUGUGCUUUCCAAAACACCAAAAGAGCUGAAACCGAUUACCCGUACGGCGAAAAUCGGAUGAAAAAAGUCCGACCCAGAUGGGAUUACCACUGGUGGAGAUGGUUGCAUGACAAAAGAGAGCAGCUUUACUAGCAAAACAAAGCCCUAUAUCAACUUCUCUCAUGGGGUUGUCCUUGGGUGCUCUAAAGAAGGGACAAUUCAGUUGUUUUUCAGUGUAUGGUCAUGGAGGUCCCCACGACCCCUUUUGUUUUUGUUUUUAAAUCUUUUUCUUUUUUUUUUUAAUGCAGACUUCUUUUGCUGUUUCUUUUUGUAAAAAGAUGGAUCUAGGUAACUCAAUUCAAAGAUCAUACCGUUACUUUGUUUUCCCUA